AUGGGUUUUGGAGAGGAUCUGCGAUGCCCCCAGGCACAUGCAGCAGUCAUGAGGCUGCUGGACUCAGAGCUUCACCUGAUGGAGGUCAUGAAGAAGUGGAUGGGUCAGCGCGCUAAGAGUGAGCGGGACUUUUCAGUGCAGCUGCACCACAUGGCUGCCAUGGUAGAGAGGCUGGACCGGCCCCAGACCAGUGCAGGACUGGACUACAUCAGCCAGCUUAACAAGUCAUGGGGAGUGCUGGUCUCUCAGACUGACCUUCUCAGCCAGAUGAUGAAGAGGCGCUCUGAGGAUCUGCUGAACGGUCCCCUCAGCAAACUGACGCUGCUCAUCAGAGACAAGCAGCAGCUCCGCAAAACCUACCUAGAGCAGUGGAACCUGCUGAGGCAAGAGCUCAGCAAGGUGACUCAGACAGAGCUGGAGAGGCUGAAGAGCAGCUACAGACAGGCAGUGAGAGAUGCAGCUCAGGCUAAGAGGAAGUACACAGAGACUUAUAAAGAUAAAGAGCGAGAUAAGGCUAAAGAGCGUUAUGUAAAAGCUUCGCUGAAACUCCAUGAGCUGCAUAAUGAGUAUGUGCUGUCUGUGCAAGCCGCUCAAGUUUACCAUCAGCACCACUACAGCCAGAUCCAGCCCGCUCUGCUCAGUGCACUGCAGACCCUGCAGGAGGAGAUGGUGCUCAUACUAAAGGAGAUCCUGCAGGAGUAUUUCGACAUCUCCUCUCUCCUGCAUCAUGAGGUGGUGAAGAUCCACCGGGAGAUGUCUACUGCUCUAACAGCCAUCGAUCCCUACAAAGAGUAUGAGAACUUCAUCCAGCAGAACAGAUCUGUAGGGGAAAUUCCUGUCUGUGUAGAGUUUGAUAGCAGUAUUUUGGAGGAAACUGAACGGCUGAAUCCCAGAGAGAUUGAGCUGAACGAUCUCACGCUUGAAUCAAUCCAGCACAAACAGACUGCUGUAGAGGAGAAACUGCUGGAUCUGGCUGGGACCCUGGGCUCUCAGCAAACCUCAGUGGAACAGCUGGAGAUGGAGCUGGAGGCAGAGCAGGAAGGUGUCAAGAAGGGCCAGAGGGUUUACCAGUUCAGCAAAAGACAUGCACUGGAGGAGUGUCGGCAGCAGGUUGCGCUGUCUCAGGGCCUUAGAGCCAAACUGGAGGCGCAGAGACGUGUUCUGAAGGAGAAACUGGACCAGCUGGGCACCAGAGAACCUCCUUCUGCUCUGAAGCUGGACUCAGACACCACCUCACUUUCAUCCAUUACAAGCCAUGACCAAGGCCAGAAUCCUCCCAAAAUGCUCAUGGAAGGCAUCAUUAAUAAUCUGAGUGGCCUGUUUAAACCAAAAUCUGAGGCGCCUCCUGUCCUCCCAGCUGUGCAGGAGGUGGACCGUCCUCUGGUGCAGCAGGACUGGUACCAUGGAGCCAUUCCAAGACCUGAGGUCCAGCAGCUGCUGAAGAAUGAUGGGGACUUCUUAGUGCGGAAGAGUCAAGAGAAGAAGGGCUAUGUGCUGUCUGUGCAGUGGGAAGGAGCAUGUAAGCAUUUCCUCAUCCAGAACACAGAUAAUCUGUACCGUCUGGAUGGAGAAGGCUUCAACAGCAUCCCGCAGCUGAUCCUACAUCUACAAUCUUCACGACAAUACAUUACCAAGAAGUCCAACAUAGUGUUGAAGAAACCUGUACUGAAGGACAAGUGGGUCCUGGAGCAUGAUGACAUCAUCUUGGGACAACUCAUUGGACGGGGUAACUUUGGAGAAGUAUACAGUGGUCAUAUGCGCUCUGAUAACUCUCCUGUGGCAGUGAAAUCCUGUAAAGAGAGCCUGGCUCCUGAGCAUAAGAAUAAGUUUCUGAUGGAAGCUAGAAUCCUGAAGCAGUAUGACCAUCCAAACAUUGUGCGGCUGAUUGGUGUGUGCACUCAGAAACAGCCCAUCUACAUCAUCAUGGAGCUCAUUCAAGGUGGGGAUUUUCUCUCCUUCUUGAGGCGUGAGAGUCACAGUCUGAAGACAAAGGUGUUGGUCAAAAUGACAGAAAAUGUAGCAUCUGGCAUGGAGUACCUCGAGAGUAAGAAGUGCAUCCACAGGGACCUGGCAGCCAGAAACUGCCUGGUAGCAGAUAACAACUUGGUGAAGAUCAGUGAUUUUGGGAUGUCCCGACAGCAGGAUGAUGGCGUUUACUCUGCAGAGGGUGGCCUCAGACAGAUCCCUGUCAAAUGGACAGCUCCUGAAGCGCUGAAUUUUGGUCGUUUCACCACAGAGAGUGACGUGUGGAGCUUUGGCGUCUUACUGUGGGAGACCUUCUCCAUGGGGAUGACACCUUACACGAGCAUGUCCAACCAACAGACUCGAGACGAGGUGGAGAGAGGAUAUCGUAUGCCUGCUCCGCAUGGUUGCCCUGUGGAAAUCUCCAGAAUUAUGGGCAGGUGCUGGCAGUACGAGGCAAAAAACAGACCAACGUUCAAGGGACUAAGGACUGAGCUCAGUGCCAUUCACAACAAAAUUACAUGAUACAAGCCUGUUCAUUGGACUUUAAACAAAGACUUGUUUUCUGUGUUUUUUAUGUGCUUGUAUCAUUGCAUCUGAAAUGGCAAAUAUAAAAGAAAUUGACAUUUA